AAGCUUGAUACAGGGGCUUUCUUCUCAAAGAUCAAUGAGUCCAAAGGAAGAGUCCUCCAGUACUGGAUCGCGCUUAUCCUGCACCACUUGCUUCGAUGCUCUCUCGUUUUGCUACUCUCCUGUUCACCAGAUGCAGCAAUAUUACAGGCUUGGAGUACUUGAUAACUGUUCUGAGAAGUGGAAUGCUCUAUUUGACUGUUUGAGUCUGAAAACAAAACGAUCUUCUGAGAUGCAGGAAAUUUUGGAAACUCGUGAGAAAACUAAACCUCACAUUUGGACUUUUCGGGCACCUGAAGAAGCUUCAGCUCAUUUUAAUGAGCUGUUUGGCCAUGUAAAUGACCCAGAGUGACUAAAUUGGCCCUUCCUCGUAUCCUUGCAGAUGCUGAU